AUGAGCAGAACACUACAUCCACCAUUGCUGACUCGGAACAGGAAGAAGAAGGCGAGGAUUCGGCAGCCGAAGAGGGCCCGGUGGCUUCCUACGCCGCCGCCGAAGAUGGGGAUGAUGCAAUUGAGGCGCAUGAGCCGUCGGAGGACGCCAAAGUGUUCGUCGGGAAAACAUGAUGGUAAUUAUUGUUUGGGCUACGUCGGUAACUUGCCGUACGAUGUGGAUAGUGAGAAAUUGGCUAUGCUCUUCGAGCAAGAUGGAACUGUAGAGAUUGUUGAGGUCAUUUACAACAGGGAGACUGAUAGCAGCCGUGGUUUCGGAUUUGUGACCAUGAGUACUGUUGAAGAAGCUGAGAAGGCUGUCGAUAAGUUCAACAGCUAUGACAUGGGAGGGAGGUUCUUGACAGUUAACAAAGCUGCUCCCAGAGGAUCAAGGCCGGAGCGGGCUCCCCGUGUGUUCGAACCUGGUUGCAGAGUCUACGUUGGGAACCUACCAUGGAGUGUCGAUGAUUCUCGCCUCGAGCAAGUCUUCAGCGAGCACGGCAAGGUCACAAAUGCUCGAGUAGUGUAUGACAGGGACAGCGGCCGCUCACGUGGGUUCGGGUUUGUGACAAUGGCUGAUGAGACGGAGAUGAACGAUGCCAUUGCCGCUCUUGAUGGACAGUCUCUUGAUGGGAAAUGGUUUCCUGAAAGAGAACUGGAAUUCAAUUGA